UUUUAAACAAGUUGGACGUACUUUAUUUUAAUACCAUUUGAAACGGUUGUAUUGUGUCGGUAAAACAGCUGCUGAUACUACCACUCGAAUUAAAUAUUAGAAAAACAACAAAGACAAUUUUGCACAGUAUUUUGUAAUUGUAAUUUUGUUUGUAAUAAAAAUAAUCCACACACACGGGCGUGCACUGACACAUACAUACAUACAUAAAUAAAUUAAAUUAAAAAGUGAACGCGCUUUGCACUUUACAGCAAUAAAAACGCAAGAAAAAAAACCAGUAAACCAUAAACAAAGAAAUAAUAACAACAACAACGAUUAUAAUAGCAACAACCUUCAAACAUGUUUAAAAUCAAAAGUAUUUACAACAAUUUAAUUGUCAACAUCAUUAUCAUCGUUUUAAUGUGCAAUUAUGUUCUCUCAACUCCCAUGUUGUACAAACGUAAUCCAGAUGAUAAAUACGAAAGAGAUUUAGUGCCUGUGUCUUCCACGGUCAUACCAUUGACAGUACUCGAAGUCAGCUAUGGUCUAGGUGGCAAACCUAGCGAGGAAUACAAAGAGGCAUACUUGAAGAAACUACGUAAAAAAGUACAGCAUGAAAACAGCGAAGGUGAAAUUUUCGAAGAUCCUGAUACUUUAAUAACGAUUAAAAAGAAACACAAUGACGCCAACGAUAAGGCCAAAGUCAAGGGCAUCAUAACAGCUUCAAAAUCUGCUGAAAACGAGUCGAAUAAUUGAAAUUACGCACAAAUUUGAUCAUUAUUAAAAAUGUAAAUAAAACGAAACAUUAAUUUUUGUUACGCAAUAAUAAUAACAAUAAUAAUAGCAAUAAUAAAAAAUA